CUCUGCUACGGACCCGAUGAAGGGGACGUCGAAGUACGUCACGAGGUCGCCAAGUGGUUAACGGACUUCUACGGCGGCGUAUAUCAACCUGACCAUCCUCCAGCGACAGGUGGCUCUGCAGCUACAGCGGAACCACCUGUCGAUGUGAGCAGCUCAAUUCCCCCCAACCCCGACGCGAGCAUCCCAUCCGACAGGAUCCUCAUCACUGGCGGCGCCUCCCAAUCCCUCGCGAACAUCCUCGCCGCAUUCACCGACCCAACUAUAACCCUCCGCAUCUGGAUCGUCGCCCCCGCCUACAUGCUCGCGUUCCGCAUCUUCGAAGACGCUGGCUUCGUCGGCCGCCUGCGCGCCGUCCCGGAAGGUAACGAAGGCAUCGACAUCGACUUCCUCGAGCACGAAAUCCAAGCCGUCGAGGACGACGAGCGCCUCCGACGCGAGGAAUCCACCUCGGGCGAUAGCCAACUGCGUGAACAAGACAGACGACCCGGCCCGAGGAAACCCGGCCGCACGCACUACUACCGCCACCUCAUCUACAGCGUUCCCACCUUCUCCAACCCCUCUUCCCGCACCAUGUCCCUCCCCCGGCGCGAAUCCCUCAUCCGCCUCGCCCGACGCUAUGACGCCCUCCUCGUCAGCGACGACGUCUACGAUAUGCUCUACUGGCCCGUUCUCCCACCCAACACUUCCCACCAUUCCCCCACCAUACCCGCCCGCGCCGUCCUCCCCCGCCUCACCGAUAUAGACCGCUUUCUCCCGCGCGCCUCGCCGCCCACGCACCCGUUCGGGCACGCGCUAUCGAACGGGUCGUUUUCAAAGCUGCUGGGGCCGGGGUUGCGGACGGGGUGGGUGGAGGGGGCGAGCGCGGCGGUGACGGCGUUAGGGCGGGUCGGGGCGACACGGUCGGGGGGCGCGCCGUCGCAUUUUACGGCGUGUGUGGUUGGGGAGGGUUUGAAGAGUGGGGAGACGGAGAGGCAGGUGAGGAGGUUAAGGAGGGAGUAUGCGAGGCGGUGGAGGAGGUUGAGGGAUGCGGUGGAGGGGGUGAUGGGAGUGGAAGUUGUGGAGUCGACGUAUAUCGAUCGUGUUGCGGGUGGGUAUUUCCUCUGCCUGACUCUCCCUGCUCCACUCAUUGCGACCGAGGUGGUUGACCGCUGCAAGAGAGUCAACUUGAUCGUCGCGCCGGGGGAUAUCUUUGAGGUGCCGGGUGACAACAACACUGAGAAGACACGGUUCCGAAGCCUGAUCCGGCUUUGCUUUGCGUGGGAGGAUGAAGACAAAUUGGAGGAAGGGGUGGAGAGGUUGGCGGGCGUGAUUAAAGUCAUGCUGGAAGAGAGGAAGACCGGCGGCUCCCACCGAGUCGGAGAUGGUUCUCAAAAGGGCGACGGAGAG